ACCCCGCGGCCGUCGGCGCUCCGUUCCCCGCAGCGAUGUCUCGGCCGCUGUCGGACCAGGAGCGACGGAAGCAGAUCAGCAUCCGCGGCAUCGUGGGAGCCGAGAACGUGGCCGAGCUGAAGCGGGGCUUCAACCGGCACCUGCAUUUCACGUUGGUUAAGGAUCGCAACGUGGCCACCCCCCGCGACUACUACUUCGCGUUGGCCCACACCGUGCGGGACCACCUGGUGGGGCGAUGGAUCCGCACGCAGCAAUACUACUACGAGAGGGACCCCAAGAGGAUCUAUUACCUCUCCCUGGAGUUCUACAUGGGCCGGACACUGCAGAACACCAUGAUCAACCUGGGGCUGCAGAACGCCUGCGAUGAGGCUGUGUACCAGCUGGGGUUGGACAUAGAAGAGCUGGAGGAGAUCGAGGAGGAUGCUGGGCUUGGUAAUGGUGGGCUUGGCCGGCUUGCAGCCUGCUUCCUCGACUCGAUGGCAACGCUGGGGCUGGCAGCCUACGGCUAUGGCAUCCGCUACGAGUAUGGCAUCUUCAACCAGAAGAUCCGCAAUGGGUGGCAGGUGGAGGAAGCUGAUGACUGGCUGCGGCAUGGCAACCCCUGGGAGAAGGCCCGGCCCGAGUACAUGCUGCCCGUGCACUUCUAUGGCCGUGUGGAGCACACUGCCAGUGGCACCAAGUGGGUGGACACCCAGGUGGUGCUGGCACUGCCCUACGACACCCCUGUGCCCGGGUACAUGAACAACACCGUCAACACCAUGCGCCUGUGGUCGGCUCGGGCACCCAACGACUUCAACCUGCGGGACUUUAACGUUGGGGACUACAUCCAGGCCGUGCUGGACAGGAACCUGGCUGAGAACAUCUCCCGCGUCCUCUAUCCCAAUGACAACUUCUUCGAGGGGAAGGAGCUGCGCCUGAAGCAGGAAUACUUUGUUGUGGCUGCCACCCUGCAGGACAUCAUCCGCCGCUUCAAAGCGUCCAAAUUCGGGAGCACAGAAAGCGUCCGCACCGUGUUUGACUCCUUCCCUGACCAGGUCGCCAUCCAGCUGAACGACACGCACCCUGCCAUGGCCAUCCCUGAGCUGAUGAGGAUUUUUGUGGAUAUUGAGAAACUGCCCUGGAGCAAGGCCUGGGACAUCACAAAGCAGACGUUUGCCUACACAAACCACACUGUGCUGCCCGAAGCCCUGGAGCGCUGGCCGGUGGACCUGGUGGAGAAGCUGCUCCCCAGGCACCUGGAAAUCAUCUAUGAGAUCAACCAGAGGCACCUGGACCACAUCGCGUCUCUCUUCCCCAACGAUGUGGACCGGCUGCGGAGGAUGUCCCUGAUAGAGGAGGGAGGCACCAAGAGGAUCAACAUGGCUCACCUCUGCAUCGUCGGCUCCCAUGCUGUCAACGGAGUGGCCAAGAUCCACUCUGAGAUCGUCAAGUCUGAAGUCUUCAGGGACUUUGCAGAUCUGGAGCCGGACAAGUUCCAGAACAAGACCAAUGGCAUCACCCCACGGCGCUGGCUGCUGCUCUGCAACCCAGGGCUGGCUGAGCUCAUUGCAGAGAAAAUAGGGGAGGACUACGUGCGCGACCUGAGCCAGCUGGCAAAGCUGCACGAGUUUGUAGAUGACGACCUGUUCAUCAGGGAAGUUGCCAAAGUGAAGCAGGAGAACAAGGUGAAGUUCGCACUGCACCUGGAGAAGGAGUAUGGGGUGAAGAUCAACCCCUCCUCCAUGUUUGACGUGCACGUGAAGAGGAUCCACGAGUACAAGCGGCAGCUGAUGAACUGCCUGCACAUCAUCACCAUGUACAACCGCAUCAAGAGGGACCCUGUGAAGCUCUUUGUUCCUAGGACGGUGAUCAUUGGAGGCAAGGCUGCCCCGGGGUACCACAUGGCCAAAAUGAUCAUCAAGCUCAUCAACGCCGUGGCCCAGGUGGUCAACAACGACCCCGUUGUGGGGAGCAAGCUGAAAGUCAUCUUCCUGGAGAACUACAGGGUCUCCCUGGCAGAGAAGGUGAUCCCUGCCACCGACCUGUCGGAGCAGAUCUCCACGGCGGGCACCGAGGCAUCGGGCACGGGGAACAUGAAGUUCAUGCUGAAUGGGGCUCUGACCAUCGGCACCAUGGAUGGAGCCAACGUGGAGAUGGCCGAGGAGGCCGGAGAGGAAAACCUCUUCAUCUUUGGGAUGAGGGUGGAGGAUGUGGCGGAGCUGGACAAGGAUGGCUACGAUGCCCAGCAGUACUAUGACCGGCUCCCCGAGCUGAAGCAGGCUGUUGACCAGAUCCGGAGUGGCUUCUUCUCCUCGGAUGAGCCAGACCUCUUCAGGGAUGUGGUUGACAUGCUUUUCCAUCAUGACCGGUUUAAAGUCUUUGCAGAUUACGAGGCUUAUGUCAAAUGCCAGGAGAAAGUCAGCGAGCUGUACCUGAACUCCAAAGCCUGGACCAAGAUGGUCAUCAGGAACAUCGCAGCUGCAGGCAAAUUCUCCAGCGACCGCACCAUCAAGGAGUACGCGCGGGACAUCUGGCACGUGGAGCCCUCCGACCUGAAGAUCCCACCGCCCAACGAACCACGGGAGGGGGCUGAGGACAGGACCCCCAACGGCACUGCAGCAAGGGCAUAGGGCAGGGGAGGAGCACGGAGCUGAAAGCGAAACCAUUCCGACCCAUUGCUUGCGGUAGGGGCUCAAACUAAAAGUGCUGCGCAGAGGAGGAGUUGGGGUUGCUGGAGAUGGAAUGAGGAACUGGGCUUGCUCGCUGCAAAGCUGAUUGCUGAACGUGCAGGGGAUGGGGUAUUUGCAGUGCACCUUCACUCUGCUCCUAGUCCCUGCUUCACCCCUCUGUCCCUGCAGCUGUAUCUCCAUCCCCCGAGCGCCCCGCAGCAGUGGGAGGACGAGCGUGGGUCUCAGUGUUUAUUACAUACAGCAGCAGUAGGGUCAGUGCCAUGGUGGGGUCCCAGUGCAGGGCAGGGGCAGUGCUUAUGGGCGCUGCGGGCAGCAGCUGGAGUCACUUCAUGUUCAAGAAGUCUCUGCAACGAGAUGCAAUAAACCUCACGCUGUGUCACUCA